AUGGAUCAUGUCGUGAACUCGGGGUUCAACCUCGGAAACGAGCUGGACUACAUGCUUGAUCGAAGCUAUACCGCCGCAUCGCGAUUGAACUACCAAUUCUACCUCUGGAAAGAUGCCCUACAAUUCAACCUGCAUCCAUCCAUCCUGCUGCCCCAGGAUACUUCUACUCCAUUGUGGAUCGCCGACCUCGCCACAGGUACUGCUGUCUGGCUCUUGGACCUCCUCAGAGACCCAGCAAUAGCCCACUACCCAUCCCUUCAGCUCCAUGGCUUCGACAUUGAUCUGACAAAUGCACCUCUCCCGGAAUGGCUACCGCCACCCAUCACCCUGCGUCAGUUAGACGUCUUUGAAGACGUACCCAGGGACCUCCUGGGCAGAUAUGACGUCGUCCACCUGCGUCUGCUUGUCCUGGUUGUACAGAACAGCGACCCCCUCCCGAUCAUCCACCGGGUGCACCAGAUGCUCAAGCCGGGCGGCUACAUCCAAUGGGACGACCUGAAUUACCCUGAUAGCGAGGUAGUCAAAAGCCAAGCCAUGAGUGACGUGCCGACCCCGGCGCAUGACGCCUUCCUGCGCUUCGCGCAGUCGAGCGGUCGCAAUGACUGGGUUCUUGAUCUCGCAUAUCAUUUAAUGGAACGCCACGGUGGGUUCGAAAAUGCGCAAUUACGCAAUUAUACGGACCGUCUGGAAAUGCGAAAGGCAAAUGGGGAUCAGUAUAUUCUCGUGAUGGAGGAGUUUUCAGCUCGGCUGAAGCGUGCGAAGAAAUCAGAGGAAGCUGCUAAUAUUGAUUUGAUGAUUCGAGGGUUGGCGGAGGAAUCGAGACUCGGGGUUGGGCUGUCGAUGCCCAGGGCUGUUUGUGUGGCUCGCAAGGUCGGAUGA